ACUCAUUAGCAGGGGAAGCAGCAUAAAAACGUCCUCGUCCACUCACUUAAAUGCACAUUUGGCUGCCUAAUUAUCAAAGUUGUCAACGCAUUGCCUCACACACACAAGCACACACACAGCAGCAGCAACAGCUAAGCCAACAACAACAACGACUACAACGAAAUGGCGCAUAAAAACGUGACCAACAAUGGAGCACUGAGGGUCGCACUCAUCUAUCGCAUAGACAGCCCAUCGCUUCACACAUCUCAUCUCAUUGCAUCUCAUCUAACCAUCGCUGUCGUUGUGUUGUGUUGGUGUAAGUAGCAUACAUGUGAUUCUACAUUAGUGUGGGUGUGCAACGGGCGUGUGAGGCGAGGCAACAGCUUCAAGUGUCAUUGACGGUGUGUCAUAUUCUCGAGCAGCCAUUAAUCUCAGCAUACUUGAGAAAGAUUGAUCAAAGCAACUCCUGAACAAAUACACAAGAUGACAUAAUAAGGUGUUAAUGACCAGAGUUCAUAAUAAUCCGCUAGUAAAAUCUGAUAAUAUGAUGACAUAAAUCAUAUAAGCCACAUUUCUGGAUCACUACAACCGAAAAGACAUACUGAGAGAUAGAGAAUAGCAUGCAAUUAGUCGCAAAAGGAGUGCCUCACCAUGGAUAAGAAAUUAAAAACGAAAUCUAAAACGAAAAGCCUCAAGCCAAAUAAAGAGUCAAGCACGAAACUGGAUGUGGAUCUAUGGGAGCAAAAUGAGGAUCGUUUCACAAUCUGCGAAUUUAUUCCGGAUCGUCAAGCAAACAAAUCGCAGCAAAACAUCAAAGCUGCAGCAACAUCUGGAACUGUCGUGUGUCCUGGUAAUGCAGAGGCCUUAUCGUUGACUGCAUCAGGAUCAGGCAAAGACGCACCAGUGCCACAGCUAAGCACCACACCCACAGCAAUAAGCAUUGCUGGUUGUGCCUCGGGCACAGCGUUAGUUACUCUCGAUCCAGAUGCCGCAACUAUUGAAGCCACCGAGCCGGAACGAGGCAACUGGACGGGUCGCUUUGAUUUUCUUCUAUCGCUGCUGGGGUACUCAGUUGGUUUGGGCAACGUUUGGCGCUUUCCGUACCUUUGUUAUAAUAAUGGAGGCGGUGCUUUUCUUAUACCCUUCACUAUUAUGCUAAUUAUAGCUGGCCUGCCGUUGAUGUUUAUGGAACUUUCGUUUGGUCAGUAUGCUGCACUCGGUCCAGUUGCCAUCUAUCGUCGCUUCUGUCCAUUAUUCCGUGGACUAGGCACUGGAAUGGUUAUCGUUUCCGCCAUUGUUAUGCUGUACUAUAAUUUAAUUAUUGCCUGGACCAUAUUCUAUAUGUUUGCCUCGUUUCGAACUCAGUUGCCCUGGCAGAAUUGUGAGCCCGAGUGGAGCACUGUGCAUUGCUUCUCCUACGUAAUGGCGGAUCAGUGCGAGGCUGCCAAUGGCACCUACUACCUUCGAAAAUGUUACAAUUCCACAGCCGCCGAGGAGCACAAUAUUACCGAGAAAGCAUUGCAUGCCCUCAAGCGACCUCCCGCCGAGGAAUAUUUCAACAACUUUGUGCUUGGUCUAUCAUCGGGCAUUGAAGAGACGGGCAACAUUAAAUUUUCAUUGGCUGCUUGUUUAUUGAUUGCCUGGGUCAUUGUGUUCCUCUGCCUCUGCAAGGGCGUGCAAUCAUCAGGCAAGGUUGUUUACUUUACGGCGCUGUUUCCCUAUCUGGUACUGGUGAUUCUCUUCUUUCGGGGCGUGACAUUGCCCGGUGCAAACACAGGCAUUCUGUUCUAUCUCACGCCAGACUGGAAGCAACUGGCCAAUGCUCAGGUUUGGGGAGAUGCAGCUGUGCAGAUCUUCUUUGCGCUAAGCCCUGCUUGGGGUGGUCUUAUUACACUCUCAUCGUACAAUAAGUUCUCCAAUAAUUGCUAUAAAGAUUCACUCAUCGUGGCGUUUUGUAACAUUGCCACCUCAUUUUUUGCGGGGCUGGUGAUAUUUUCCAUCAUUGGUUUUCUGGCUCAUGAGCUUGACGUGGAGGUGAAAAAGGUUGUGGAUCAAGGCGCUGGUCUGGCAUUCAUUGUCUAUCCAGAGGUCGUCACUCGUCUGCCCAUCUCGCCUGUCUGGUCGGUGUUGUUCUUCGUCAUGCUGCUCACCCUGGGAUUGGACUCACAGUUUGCGCUAAUGGAGACCGUAACUACUGCCAUAUUGGACAAAUUCCCUAAUCUACGACAAUACAAAACUUGGGUUGUACUAUUUGUUGGUAUAUUUGGCUAUGUCGGCGGCUUGGGAUUCACCACGAAUAGCGGAAUGUACUGGCUGCAACUAAUGGAUAAAUAUGCCGCCAAUUGGUCUGUGCUGUUGAUUGCCAUUUCGGAAUGUGUGCUGAUCGCCUGGAUCUAUGGCUCGCAGCGCUUUCUCAACGAUAUACAGGGCAUGAUUGGCAAGCGAUCGCGUUUAUGGAACUUCUUUUGGGGUGUCAUGUGGCGAUACAUAACACCAGCCACACUUCUGUUUAUUCUAUUCUUCAACUGGGUGGAAUACAAGCCUGCGCAGUAUGGACAUUAUGUGUACCCGCUGUGGGCAGAUACGGUUGGCUGGAUUAUUGGUUUAUUGCCAGUGUUCAUCAUAUUUGUGGUGGGUGUGCAGCAGAUCUGCAAAGCGCCAAAGCAUCUGAAUUUCAGGGAUCGCCUCAAGCACUUGUUGCGACCAACCGCCGAAUGGGGACCCGCUGGGAGACCCUGUGUGAAUUUGCAUGCCGAACGCUAUCAGAGCCAGAACUAUGAUCGAGUGACAAACACUCAAAUUUUAAUCAGCGGAGCUCCGUUAGAGGUGACACCAUACGAGGAUGCGAGCAAUGGCAAUGGCAACGGCAACGGCAAUGCGAAUGCCACAAAUGGCACCGACAAUGGCUGUCGUGAUGUUGGGAUGCAACUCUGAGAGCGAGUUAACGCAUCCUCGUCGACGAUGGCCAGCGUUGAUGUAGAUGUGUUGCCCAUGACAAUUGGUAAACUGCCCGGACCUAGCAUAUUGAAGACCUCUGCCCGGCACGCCAGCAAUAUGAAUCCACAAAGUCAUCCAGCGAUACCUGAAGUGAGUCCCAGCAAGCAGCCGUUGAUCAAAGCGGACAGCGAGAACGAAGAAACCCCCAAGAAACAUUCUACCUUAAUAACAGCAGCAAAACCAGCACCACCGACAACAACAGUGGCAGCAACAGUUGCUGCUACCACCAAAGUGUUGGCCACAGGCACGAUGGGCAGUGGACGUGAGUGCAAUACAAUGUCGACAUUCACAGCCGGAGGUGGAGAAGACAUGCUUAUGCCCAAGACAGCUGCUGCUCCUGUUGUUGCCAGCCCACAGCCGAGAAUUGCAGCAGCAACGGCACCAGCACCAGCCACAACUAGCAAUAUUGCUGCUGUGCCAACUGGCCCGAAGCCAAACGCAGCUCUAUCCACUUUCAUGCCAACCACAAAGCCAAUAACAACAUCUGUUGCAGGUCCUGACGCUGGUAAUAUCAGUAAAAUAACAGCAACAGGUGCAACAAGUGUGAGUGUUGCCAGCACAAAAGCAAUCAAUGGCAAAGUUUCGGAUACUACCACAACUUGUGCAAUAACAAAGUCACCAGCAGCAACCACAAUAACCGUGUCGGCAAAACUGCAACCAAGUGUUACAAUUGCUAAUAAGACGGCAAAGCCAACGCCCACAGUUGCUGCUGUAACGGCGACAACAACAGUAGCAGCGUCGAAUAACAAGCAAGUUAUGUCAACAAAAAUAGCUGCAACAAUAUUACAGCCAGCUGCAACUGUUGUUGCCAAAACAACAGCAAACACAGCCUCAUCUGUUGCUGCAUCAUCAGCAAUAACUGUCAAUGUUGACAGCACGACUGCUGCGAAAAAACCUCAAUCAGUGACAAUAUCAACGGCGGUCUUGCAGCCAGCAAAAGCUGUUGCUGUGACCAAUACAACAAAAGCAGUAACAGCAACAACUGUUGUCGCAACUAAUUCAACAGCAACAACUGCAAUUGUGAAAGAUGCAAACAGCAAAGGAACAGCAGGAACAAACACCACAGUUGUAUUCAGCAAUACAUCGACUUCAAUUGAAAAAGGUGCAAUUGCCAAACCCGUAACUGCCACAUCAACUACAGUUGUCGUCUGCAAUACAACUGCAACACCUACCACCACAGCACACCUAACCUCAGCUGUCAAGCCAACAUUCAGUUCAAAACCAACUGAUUCAAUAGCAACAGCAUCCAAACCCACAGCAACAGCAUUGACAUCAAAGACCACAACGUCACCAGCUACUUCAAAGCCGCAAGCAAGCAAACCAUCCACAGCAAGCAGCAGCAACAUGUCCCCAAAGAUCACCAAAUCAUCUGCAACAUCGAAGCCAACAACUACAAGUCCUACAAAGACAUCAAACCCAAUAGCAACAAGUCCCACAAAGACAGUAAAGCGGACUACAAAUAGUCCCACAAAGUCAGCAAAGCCAACUACAACAACUAGUCCCACAAAGUCAGCAAAGCCAACAACAACUAGCCCCACAAAGACAACCAAACCAGCCGCCACAAGUCCUACAAAGACAACAAAUAAGUCCACAAAAUCAUUGCCAACAACAACAGGCUCAAAUGCAAAGACAGAGAUAACAAACAAAGCAGCAGGAACAUCACAUAAAACGAAAUCAAAUUCGGCAACUAACAAGUAGAUUGUCAACAGCAGAGAAAUACCCAACCUCGAAAGCUACUCAAAACGAAGUUCAAAUAUCGAACUAUAUUUUUUCUAAAUACCUACAUGCAUUGUAAAAAUGUUGAGCUAAGCGAAAAGUUGUUGUUAGACUAAGUAAAGAUAUACACAUUAUGUGCAUGUUAUAUCGAUAAAAGUUUAUAUAGAUUGCAUAUUUUAUAAAUAUUUAUUUUUUACUUUUACUUUGGCAGCGAACCUAACGAAAAAAACUAAACAAUGAUAAAGAAUGCGGAAAUUUGCAACAUUUUUAAAAACUUUGAUAGUUCCUGGAGAACUAAUUAUGAACAGUUACCACAAAAAUGUUUCCUAAUGGCAGACUUAACAAAGCAAAACUAUACAAAAACACUUGAAAUGUUUCCUAGCAAUACACUCAACAGUAGCAUUCACCACCAAUGUACCUACAUUAUAAUCAUAUUCAACGGUUCCUUGCUAUCUGAUAUAUGAGAUUUAUAUUCAUCUUAGCAUUAUGUUGAAAGACUCAUUACAAUUACCAAGACGAAAAGUUAACGUAGUUAUUAGAUCUACCAUUCUCAUUAAUAUUCGAGAAUUGUUCAUUUGAUUGUAGUCCGAAUGAAAAUGAAAAAUGAAUGUCUAUAUAUGUAUGUCGCGAUUGCAUAUGGUAUUCUAUGCAUCUACUUAUCUACUAAUGUACUUAUCAUUAGAGACUUUACAAUGGAUACUGAUACAAUUUGAGAGCAAUGUGCAAGUGCAAUGGCAAAAGUAUAAGUUGAAAUUUUAAGCAAAAGAGAUUUAUAUGCAUAUACAAUAUACCCUAUAUACGCAUACAAACCUAUACAUUAUAAAAACAAAAACAAUGUUAAUUGUUCAUUUUUACAGCAAAUGUUGUCCAAAAGGAUAUUUUUAAUACUUGUGAGCUUGCAAUGCGGUGAAGGAUUGGAUUUCUAACUUAUUUAUUAUAUGUUUGUUUUCAUUGGCAAGUCCUGUGUCGAAUGAUAUUUUCCCUGCAAUUUCAAAGAGUUAUUUUGAAAUGAUUUGAAAAUGGAAUUCAAGACAGAACUAUACAUAGUAUGUAAUAUACAUGCACGUUCAAAUUAAUAUUUAUACUAAGAGAUAGUAAGUACACAUGUGUUGUGUAUGUAAAUGUGUGUCUACAUAAAAACUUUAUCUGAUAGGCCUAAACAAAUGAGAGACUCAUGUACCUAAAUGACAAAACUAAGAUACAUUCAUAGACAAGCAAGUAUAUAUGGGCAUAUGGGCGAGCAUUCGAACAUAAUUCCGAUGGUUCUUAUAACAUAAGUAGAUAUUUAGACAUGUUUUAUGUGUGUGUAAGUGUGAUUGUGAAGUAUUUAGAUAAACUAUCCAAUACUCUCCACUAGCUAAACUAACGAAGCUCACAAAUCAAAAAAACAAUAAUUAACCUAAUGGAAUAUAUAUUGUAUAAUUUAUAUUGCAAAUAUUGUGUAUCGUUGUUGAAACCCUAUUUACAUAAAUGUUGAGUACUAGAAAGAAAUCAUAUAAGCUGUGCGUUGCCUACAAAAAUAUUAAUUGUAAUACAAAUUAUAUAUACAUAUAUAUCUAUAUAUAAAAUAGCAAUUAUCAAAAAAAUAUUUGUAUGUGUUUGUACAUGUAGCUAGAAGUAAGAAUGAAUUAAAUCAAAUAAUAGCAAAAGCUUAUGAAAUCAAAAAGAUAUUGAUACUGAAAAUAAUUGAAAUAUUUUAUUUUAUUUGAAUUCAUUUUGAAAAAGAAACCCUAAACAUUUGUGAUACUUAUUUGAAGAAAUUGAAACAUUUUGAAAUAAUUCAUCAUUUUGGGAGAUCAAAUUAUUAUGUAUUGUCCACAUAUUUAUAUGAGUAUUUGUAGACAUAGAGCCUAAAUAGUUAAAAUUAGAAAUAAGGAAAUAAAAACAGGAAUUUUAAUCGAUUGUUGUUCUUUAGUUAUUGUUAUUUUUAGCGCAGUAGCUGUGAAAUAUUAUAGAAUUAGGCAUGUACUAUGUACCUAGAAGUUAUAUGGAUCUAUUUCGAAUUCCAUGCUUCGAUCAAAUCAAUACUUUUUCGGAAAUCUCCAACGACCUUAUGAAAACGUUGGAAUUCGAAAAGGUCCAUAAUAUAUGUACCCAUUACUUAUUGUUAAAUGAAUAACCCAUUGUUGCAUGCUGUUAAUUAAUAUGGAUGUGUGUACCUGCAAAACAAAGCUACAAAAAUUAUCAAUAAUAAUUUGAAUAUAUGGAAAUAUUAAAUGGCUGUUAAACACCUGAGUAUAAGGUAUUAAAAAAUCGAUCAAAUUGCAAUUCGAAAUAUAAUAUAGUACUAGCACUAUUUACGUCUCGUGUAAAUACAUAAUGAGCCAAAAAGUUUCAGACCAGCAAAUUCAAAGUAAUAUGCUCUAAAUCAAAAAUUCGCUUAAAUCUAAUAUCUAGUUAAACUGUCAAUUCAGACAAAUUCAAUGUUUUGAUAUUGAAAAGAAAUAAGAAAGUUUACUUUAACCCGUAAAGGCGAACAAAACACAGGAGCUUCAAAUUUUAUAUGAAUCUUUGAGCUACGUCAAGACAUGAAAAUAAUAAUAAACAAAAUGAGGAAAAUAUUACAAAAUUCAUAUCGCUACAUUAAGCCAAUAAAAUGAAUAUACAAUAUGCGAUGCAAUCUGUAAUCUUUGCAAAACUCCUCCCACCUUUUAAUCCGAUCGAUGUACAGUAACACUCAUUUCAGGAACACUAAUUAAAAUAAAACAAAAAAGCGUUGUAAACAAAAUAUACAUUAAUUUUAAAAACAUAUUAUAUACGCCGCAGAAUAGAAUUGAUGUAUUCAUUAUUUUGUAAGUCUAGCGUAUAUAAGCAUUAUUUGUCGGAUCAAAAUCGACUAAACAAUGUCUCAUACCUAAUAUUACUUACACAUAUUUGGAUAUGAACAGAUAAUUCAGUUUUAUUGCUAUUCUACAAAUACUCUUGAUGACCUUUAUUUAUUUGGUUAAUAUACCUUCACAUUGAAAUAAUACUAUACCAAGCAAUAGGUAUGAGGCAUAAAAACUAAUGUAAGGUCAUAACAAUAUUGUUUACAACAUUAAACUGUUGCAAAAAAAAAUAAACUGUUUAAUUAUUUUGUAUGUAUAGUAAUAGUAAAGAAAUAUUUAGGAGCGUUUCCCAUCAUCCGUUCGAAAUUUUUGAAGUUAAUUGAACAAAUUUAUGAUUGCAAUAAAUUGAAAUUAUGAAUUAUGAGACCGAACCUUAUAAUAAUAAUUUGAUGUUCUUGUAAUUGCCUAAUGAGCACAUGUAUACAUUUGUGAGUGAAAAUUUAAACAAAUUAUAUUCCAAAGCGGCCAACAAAAGAACAAAAAGUAUGUUGCAAUAAUGUAAGGAAAUGAUUAUAUAUAUAUAUAUACAUAAUUAUAUAAAUAAAUAUUUAUGGGUU